UAUUUGGAGAAUGUUUUGACAUAAGAAGGAAUGAACAAGUAAUAUCAUGGAAAAAUCCGACAAUUUACCUACUACUCAUGCAGAAUUAUACUUACAAGAAAUCGAAGGGAUUGACGAUUAUUGGGGUCCUACAUUUCGGGCCAUUUACGAAUUAGAUGAACACGUAGAAUUUCGUAAAAAGAUCGAUGAACGUAUUCGAAAUCAUGAUAAGGAUAUCGAACGUUUAUGUAAUUUCUAUUAUCAAGGCUUUAUAGAUGCUAUACGUGAAUUAAUUCAAGUUCGUACUCAGGCUAAAAAGCUUAACAAUGAAGUUAUCACAAUCGAUGAAAAUUUACAAACCGCAGCACAAAAUAUUAUUGAGAAAAGUGGUAAUUUAUUACAAGCACGACGUGUGGAAGGAAACAUUGUAAAAGUGAUCAAUCAAUUGUCAAUGUGUUUACCUGUGUUAACAGCUUAUGAGAAAUUACAGCGUCAAAUGAGCGAAAAACGUUAUUAUCCUGCUUUAAAAACUUUAGAACAAUUGGAACAUUUACAUUUACCGCAUGUCGCUGAUUAUAGAUUUUCAUUUCAAAUGAAAGAAAGUAUUCCUAAACUACGUGAAAAUAUUAAAAAUGCUUCAAUGUCUGAUUUAAAAGAUUUCUUGGAAAGUAUUCGAAAACAUUCACCGAAAAUUGGUGAAGUAGCUAUGAAACAUACAGCAGAACAAUUAGCAAAUGAUCCACGUAUGGGUGGCCGUAAAAAGAAGAAAAUAUCACCGGUAAUUGAAGAAAUUACCGAAGAUGAAUUAAGUGCUCAAGAAAUGAUUGAUUUUUCACCAGUAUAUCGCUGUUUACACAUUUAUACUGUGCUUGGGUCACGUGGCACAUUUGAAUCGUAUUACCGUGCACAAAGAUCGUCACAAGCGGCAUUAGUAUUACAACCACCAGCGAAUAUGCAUGAAACUUUAGAAAGUUAUCGUGUUUACAUUCACGCAAUUGUUGGAUUUUUUAUUGUUGAAGAUCAUAUUUUUAACACGGGUAAUGGUUUGGUUUCCAAAACGUUUUUGGAUGAUAUGUGGACAAUGGCUCUCUCAAAAAUUGUUAAUGCAUUACGUACACAUACGGCUUAUUGUACGGAUGCAACAUUAAUGCUCAAAAUAAAGAAUUUAAUAAUGUUAUUUAGCACAACACUCCGUAAUUAUGGCUACAAUGUGAAAUUAAUAUGGGAAUUAUUAUUAGAAAUACGAGAUCAUUAUAAUGAAGUCUUAAUGCAACGUUGGGUUCAAGUAUUUCGUGAAAUAUUAGAUCAAGAAAAUUUUCUACCUAUACAAGUCACAAAUCAACAAGAAUUCGAUGCAAUUUUAAGUUCAUUUCCAUAUGAAACUGAUAAUACAAAAAUUACAUUUCCAUAUCGUUUCCCAUUUUCACAUAUGGUACCAAAAGUUUAUUCCCAGGUUAAAGAAUUUAUUUAUGCUUGUUUGAAAUUUUCCGAAGAUCUUCAUUUAAGUCAAGUGGAAAUUGUUGAAAUGAUACGUAAAUCAAUAAAUUUACUAUUAACGCAUAGUUUUAGUGGAAGUUUAUCAUAUAUUUUCCGUAGUCCAUCGAUUGGUUUAUUACAAAUUAUUCAAAUCAUUGUCGAUACUGGUUAUUUAGAAGGUGCUACCGUUUAUUUAGAAGAAUUUGUAUCAAAUAUAACUGGGAGUGAUGGAAAUCGUAUCAAUCAAAGUCAGACAGCAAUGUUUCGUGUCGCUAGAGAGGAUGCAGAACGACAAAUAUGUGAAAAAUUACGUUGUAAAUUAGAUGAAUUUUUCGAUUUAGAAAAUUAUGAUUGGCUGUUAGUAGAACCACAAGGUCAUGCAUCUAGUUUUAUUACCGAUUUAAUUGCAUUCUUACAAAGUAUAUUCCAAUCGUUUACUAAUUUACCGCCUCAAGUAGCACAAGUUGCCUGCAAAUCAGCAUGCGAACACAUUGCAAAUUCAAUGUUAGCUUUGAUGUUAAAUGAAGAAAUCAAACAAGCAUCACUUGGAGCGUUUCAUCAAAUUAAUUUAGAUGUUUUACAAUGCGAACAAUUUGCUGCAUCCGAACCCGUUGCAGGAUUACAACCUGACGACCUAUUACAAUAUUUCACGCCAUUACGUCAAUUAUUAGAUUUAUUUACAACACGAGAUUGGUCAACAUAUUUUCAUGACUAUGGUCAUGAAAAUAGUAAAUAUCAAAAAGUUAACUCACAACAAGUGAUUAUUUUAUUAGAGAAAUUACGUGAAGCUGAUAAAAAGAAUAUGUUUUCUGUAUUAAAGAAAAGUGAACGUGAUAAAAAGAAAUUAUUGGAAACGGUAUUGAAACAAUUAAAACAAUUAGCUCAAACACAACAGCAAUCGAAUUAAUACUUACUUCUUUUUUAUUUAUUUUUGAAUCGAGAGAAAAAUUAUUAUAUUUUUAUUAAAAUUGUUAACUAUUAAAAUUUAUUAUACGAAAAAUAACAAGUGGAGUCACAAAUUUAAAGGAUUUGUAUGUUUUGAUAAAUAAUUCAUUGGACCGGAGGCCAAUUCAUGGUAUUUAAAGAUCAUGCUCUGCUUCUUUCAUGAUUUAUUAGUUGGAUGAUUAGGGUUGCAAAAAGGCAAAACGAACCCACUUAGUUUAUGGAGGCUCCCUAACCAAAAUUAUUAUUAAGUUUUUAAGGUUCCAAUAACUGAUGUCUAGUUGAAUGUACGAAGUUUUCUGUUAGUAGUUGCUCUACGUCUCCCACUAGACAUUUUAAAGAGUACUCUUAAUAUAUACCAAAAUAAAGUACUUUAUCUAGUUUAUUCCAGCUAUGUUUUAGCAUGGGAAUGUUUUCUUGCUAGAGUACGUAGAGUUAAGGCCGAAACUAUACAGCGCUUGUGACAAAUAUUUUCAUUGCGCCUUUCGUUAAUAAAAUGAUCGAUAUAUUUACGCCUUUUAUAUGAUUCAUUACUACCUUUUUGUUUUACGUACAAAACAUUUUUUUUCUUUGGGCAUCAAAUUCUGUUACGCCUGUGCCUGCAUUAUAACGCCCUAGUUACGACCCUGCGUAGAGUAAAAUAUACUUUCAAUGUACACAGAAAUAAGAUACUCUAAUUAAACUAUUAUAGCUUUAUCAACAAGAUCGUUGUCGUUGAUGUUACAUUUUAUAUGGCCACGGAUACGGAUUUUAAGAGAGAUUUUCUUGGAUUAACUCAAAAUAAUGUUUUGAAGACCUCGUCUUAUCUAUAAUUUCGACCAUUUUCUAAUGUGAUAAAUACACUCGAAUUUUGUGUGCGUAUGACUUAAACGAUUAUUGACAAUAUUAACCUUAAACAACGGCUCCAUAAUACACCACAUAUUAUAGUAUAUUCAAAAUAGACUGAACAAAUUACACAGGUCUGCAAAAAAAAAUUUGUUUGUCAGUUGCAUGAUUUUUACUAAAUUAUAUGUUUUAGAACGCGCUGAUUUCAGAAGUGAUGGCCAUUUUUUUCUAUCACGUAAGGUUUUUUUGCAAAUUCAAACACAAAAAAUUGGUAAAAGCACUCGUUUAUUAAAAAUUAUACAGUAGCCUGCAAGCAUAGUGACAUCCCAUCUUCCUUGGUACCAUAUCUCGAUAUCGCGGACAUCCUGAUGAAACCGCUCCCCCUGUUCUUCACUGUAAGCUCCCAGGUUUUUAGGAAAAUAUUCAAUGUGGAAGUGUAAAAAAUGGACCUCCAGGCUUAUCUUGCAGCCUUGAGCUUCGUAUGCUGCUAGUUGAACAAUGGUUUUGUAGUCAGCAUCCUUAGUAUUUCCCAAAAACUUUCGCACUACAUCCUUGAACGAUACCCAAGCUUCUUUUUCCUUCUCAUUCACACUUUCCACAAAGAGGGUGUCGGUUAAAAACCUUCUUAUGUCGGGACCAGUGAAAACUCCCUCUUUCAACUUUGCUUCUGACAGCUUCGAGAAUUUUGUACAUAGAUAUUUAAAACAGUCUCCAUCCUUUUGCAGUGAUUUUACAAAUUGUUUCAUCAACCCCAAUUUGAUAUGGAGAGAUGGCAACAAAACUUUUUCUGGCGGCACCAAAGUAGUAUUGAUAACAUUUUUCUCCCCAGGUUUUAAAGUUUCUCGGGGUGGACAAUCACUUUUAGUCCAGUGCUGUUUUCUGGCUCUACUAUCCCAUAAGCAUAAGAAACAUGGGUAUUUAGUAUAGCCUGCCUGCUGACCUAAAAGCACCGUGAGUAUUUUGAAGUCCCCACAAACCAUCCAUUGAUGGUCCUGAUAUUUGAUUCUUUCCAGGGUAAUGGCCAAAUUGUUAUAGUUAGUUUUCUUCCAUAUGCACAAAAUAAUCCAUUGGAAGCGAAGCUAAUUUAUUUUUACUGUGCAAUAAAACUACUUUAAGACUAGUUUAUGUUGUUACUAAUAUCU